GUGGGACUUCCGGCGAGUGACGCGGCCGGGCUCGGCUACAAAAGAGGUCGGCUGCGGCGGGCCGGGCGGAACUUUCCAGAACGCUCGGUGGGAGGUGGAGGACCGGCGUCCGCCCGAACCGCGCUGUGCUACGGCUCUCCGGCACCGGCCCGCUCACCGGCUGUAAAAAAUGGUGAAAGAAACCACUUACUAUGAUGUUUUGGGGGUCAAACCCAAUGCCACCCAGGAAGAAUUGAAAAAGGCUUAUAGAAAAUUGGCCUUGAAGUACCACCCUGAUAAGAAUCCAAAUGAAGGCGAAAAGUUUAAACAGAUUUCUCAAGCUUAUGAAGUUCUUGCUGAUUCCAAAAAAAGGGAGCUAUAUGAUAAAGGAGGAGAGCAGGCGAUCAAAGAGGGUGGAGCAGGUGGUGGUUUUGGCUCACCCAUGGAUAUCUUUGAUAUGUUCUUUGGAGGAGGAGGAAGGAUGCAGAGAGAAAGGAGAGGUAAAAAUGUUGUGCAUCAGCUCUCAGUGACCUUAGAAGACUUGUAUAAUGGUGCAACAAGAAAACUGGCUCUGCAGAAGAAUGUGAUCUGUGACAAAUGUGAAGGCCGAGGUGGUAAGAAAGGAGCAGUAGAGUGCUGUCCCAACUGUCGUGGGACUGGCAUGCAAAUAAGGAUUCAUCAGAUCGGACCAGGAAUGGUCCAGCAAAUGCAGUCAGUGUGCAUGGAAUGCCAGGGUCAUGGAGAACGCAUCAGUCCUAAAGACAGAUGUAAAAGCUGCAAUGGAAGAAAGAUAGUUCGAGAGAAGAAGAUUUUAGAAGUUCAUAUUGAUAAAGGUAUGAAAGAUGGUCAGAAGAUAACAUUCCAUGGUGAAGGAGACCAAGAGCCAGGACUGGAGCCAGGAGACAUUAUCAUUGUGUUAGACCAGAAGGACCAUGCUGUUUUUACACGACGAGGAGAAGACCUUUUCAUGUGUAUGGACAUACAGCUGGUUGAAGCAUUGUGCGGCUUCCAAAAGCCAAUAUCCACUCUUGACAACCGAACCAUAGUCAUCACCUCUCAUCCAGGUCAGAUUGUCAAGCAUGGAGAUAUAAAAUGUGUGCUGAACGAAGGUAUGCCAAUAUAUCGUCGGCCAUAUGAAAAAGGACGUCUAAUCAUUGAGUUUAAGGUAAACUUUCCUGAGAAUGGCUUUCUCUCUCCUGAUAAACUUUCUUUGCUGGAAAAACUCCUUCCUGAAAGGAAGGAAGUAGAAGAGACUGAUGAAAUGGAUCAGGUAGAACUGGUGGACUUUGAUCCAAAUCAGGAAAGACGGCGUCAUUAUAAUGGAGAAGCAUAUGAGGACGAUGAGCAUCACCCUAGAGGUGGCGUUCAGUGUCAGACCUCUUAAUGGGCCAGUUACUGUUUGUCACUCUAUAUGCAGUAGUGAAUGUGGGAAGGACUGUAAUCAAAUAUGCUCACUACUUGGUUGUUGUUCUUGUUUUAAUAUUCAACUAUAGUAGUGUUUUAAAAGUUAAAUGAAGAAUAAACACAAAUAUAAAAGCUCUGACUUUGCCCUGUAUGUAUGAUGACUUCAAUGUUCAAGAUGAAGUUUAGUACUUGUAAAAAAACUACUUAAAAGUUCCCUAGCAUCUGUUAGGUCAUAUCUUGUGUAACUGAUAUUAGCUGUGUACAUUAGACUGAUAUGCUAGGUAUGUGUUAUAUGACCCUUAAUUGUGAAGCUAUGGAAUUAAAAUUCUGUAUUUAAGGUAAUCAGAAAAAGAAAACAAUUAGUAGUGAUAUGUUGGUCUGUCUAGUUGUAUGAAGUGGACUAAUUGUGAUGCCUCUGCAUUGUAUUGCCUCAGCCAUUACUAGAAGGUGGCAUAAUACAUAAUUUCACCUGUUAUUAGUGAUAGAAAUGAUACAUUCCUAAAGAAAUUUAUCAUAAACUACUGCUUAAGGGCUUGCUCUUCUAGAUUGCAUUCCCUUCUGCUGUGCCAUCUGUUAAAAGAUAUAUAUAUAUUAUAUAUAUACAUACACAGUUAGAAAACAUGGUCACCUCUCUUCCCUUCUCCUUGAACCAUGAUAAGCCCUUGGGUAGUGACUUCGAAAACCCAAGUAAUUUUACAAAUUAAAGUGAAGAGACCUUGUAUGUGGGGAAGUGAUUUGCAUGUAUAAUCCAGGAAAGGCUUGCUAUUUGACUUAGGCUCCAACGUAAUUGCAAUUUAAUGUUGGUAGUAUAGCAAAUUAUGAAUAGCUUUGUUGUAUGUUUUAAAGUCACAUGUUCACAUGCUUAAAUCUGGGUAUCAGAAUUUAAGCAGUUAUUGAAAUGUAUGACUGUCUCCUAAUACACUGAUUAUAAAGUGUUUCUAACGUGUCACUGUAGGCCUUUUUUUCUCAGUUCAAAGUUUUGGCUUUUAGAAUAUAACUUUAUUACUUUGUUCCUGAAAUAUGCAAAUGAUUAAUAUAUAUGGGUAUGUAGCAAAAGUGUAGGUCUGAGCCCAGGACAGAAAAGGGAACUGCACCCACCUGGGUGAGAGUAUGUGAACUUCAUGCCAGUGGGUCUAUCACAUCUUCUGUAAUCAGGAAUUUAAAAACAUUUCCAAUCUGGAAGUACAACGAAGUUCUCUUCAUGGAGAGAACAUCUGAAUCAAAAAGCAGGGUGAGAGAAAUGGCUCAGUGUUUACACUGACUAAAGACCCAGGUUUAGUUAUCAGACACCCAUUUUAGGCAUGAGACAGACAUGAUGUACGUACAUACAUACAUGCAUGCAAACAAAACAGUUAAAACUCAAUUUGGGCGAAUGGUGACAAGCAUUUAAUAAGCACCGGGAGGAAGAGGCAGGUGAUCUCAUGAUUUCAAGGCCAGUCUGGUCUACAGAGCAAGUUUAGGGCAUCCUGGGCUACACAGAAAAUCCCACCUUCAAAAACAAACUUUGCAAGUUAAAUGUCAAGCUAAAUUUAGCAUUUUUUUUUUCAUUUUGGGGGGUGGGGUUCAAGACAGGGUUUCUCUGGUUCACUUUGGAGUCCGUCCUGGAACUCACUCUGUAGACUAGGCUGGCCUCACUCAUAGAGAUCCACCUGCCUCUGUCUCCUGAUAGAUUGCAAUUAAAGGCAUGCACCACUACAUCCAGUUUUAAACGCAAAGCAGGGAAACCUUGAACAUACUGUACUUGAAGCUUUCCAGAUGUGAGAUGCUAACAAAAGCUGUGAAGUACAGAAGAGCUGUUGCAUUUAAUUAAGACCUUUGGAAAGAGUCAAAAUGAACACCUAGUGAAAAGAUGAUGUAAAAUGCUGUAUACGAUUAUGCUUGCUGGAUGAAUCUCAGUACUAGUUUGGGUGGGACCUAAGAAUGUCUUUCAGACAAGCUACUGGGUGAGUAAAACAUAAAAGCAGACUGGAGUCUAGUUGCUUGUCCUUUCUAUUCUUGUCCAUGGUAACAUGGACAGUCACAGGAGGUAAAUACUUUAACAGACAAUUCAGAUUGUGAGUCAGCUUGAACCUAGAACAAAACUGACUUGCAAGAAUCAGAAACCAACGAGAAAACUACACCCUAGAAUCACACUGUUGGCAUUUCUACAAAACAUUACCCUGAAAUGUGAUUCAUGAUUGUCAACUAAGUAGGGAACAGAACACCAGGAUUGUCUGGUGGGCCACACCAAAACUACUGCCUUCUUCAGACAUGACUUUUUUAUAAUCAAGUCCCAGGUAUUGAGCUUUCAUUAGGCCCCUAUAACCUCUGGCUUGGGGGUAAUUGCAGAGUUAGCCCCCAGAUGUCAGCCUUUGAGCAGGUCGCAUUCUGUACUACCACAUGGGAGUUUCUCCCAACUUGGCUACUUCGUCGGGAAGUGGGUACCAGAGGUAAGCAUCGACCUUAAUGCUGCCUUAGCACAGGACUGCUCCAAGAGGAUGGUUCCUACCUCUAGCCCUAGAGAAAGCUGGCCAGGAAGGGCUUUAGUAGCUGAAGGAUGGGCUAGAAAUUUUCCAAAUGUAAUCCCAGAAACUAGAAACUACCAGUUUAUCCCUUAGAUUACUGGUAUACCAUGCUACAGUCCCUGUAGCAGCAAACACCUUUAAUCUCAGCACUCUAGAGGCAGAAGCAGGCAGAUCUCCAUGAGUUUGGGGCCAGCCUGGUCCACAAGAGCUAGUUCCAGGACAGCUAGAACUCACACAGAGAAACCCUGUCUUGAAAGACCAAGAAUAAAUAAAGAU